GUUAUAUAACGUUGGAAAUAUUUUGUCCAGUUCAUAUAGUGAUUCUAUAUAAUCAUGUGUAUCCGUAUAUUUAUCUAUGUAACAAUCGUUUCACAAUUUUGUUGGUGCCAUGUUGAAGAUGAGGACGUCAAGGCGAAUUACCGCAAAUUACCAAAAGUUGAUUUUUCCGUGGCUAAUGCUAAUAAAGAUGAUAUUUUAUACACUUUAUUCACCAAUUCGGAACCUACCACGGGGAAAAAAUUAAGAGAAGAUAAUUCUAACGUUGAAAUAAUUGAAAAAAACAUAACUACCGUUUUGAUAUUUCACGGUUGGACAACCGAUGAUAAUUCGCCGUGGUUUAGACCACUCAGAGACGAAUUUUUCAAAAUUGGAAAACACAAUAUUAUUUUCGUUAACUGGAGUAGAGCCGGGAACCAAAGUUACUCCAUAUCGUGUGCUAAUGUUAAACUAGUCGGAAUGUAUUUAGCUCAAUUUCUAAUUGCAUCUAAAGUCGAUUUAGAUAAGGUCCAUCUGAUAGGUCAUUCUUUGGGAUCCCAAUUAACCUCGUACAUAGGAAAAUCCGUGAUAUCUUUGGCUGAUAAGAAAAUUGGAAGGAUCACUGCUUUGGAUCCUGCCGGACCGAUGUGGAGCCGCAUGCUCGAGACGGAACGACUCAAUAAAAACGACGCCGAUUUCGUCGACGUCAUACAUACUGAUAUACAGAUGUACGGGUUUACUGCGCCAUGUGGAGACGUCGAUUUUUACCCAAACGGGGGUUCGCAUCAACCUGGUUGUCCUUCUAGACAAUCGGAUGACAAUUGUAGUCAUGCUAGAUCGACAUUGUACUUUAUAGAGUCAUUAACAACGAAAGUAUUUGCAAAAGAAGCAUCUUUUGAAGAAGACGAAACUUUUGAAGUCACCAUUAGAGUAAAAGAUGAUGGAAAAGAAGUGGUAUUUGGUCGACAUGUUAAUACUACAAUGGAAGGUGUAUAUUAUUUGAAAACAAAUUCUCAAAAGCCUUUUUUGAAUAUUGAAAAAUAAAAGUUUGAAAGUU